GAUAUGUCUGUGGCUGUGUUGCACACGCAGAACUGCGGAGUUGCCACAACACAGAUGCAUGUAUCUGCCUGUUUGUACUUUUCAUUGACUUUGGAAUGUAGCUAGCCGGCUGAAUUUCUACUCCAGCGUUGCUUGUCCUGUUGAGGAGACAACUGGCCAGCAACUUGCACCAGGUGGAGCUCGCAAGGACAGAGUAGAAAGGAAGAAAAACUGCGGCUAUACCGUUUUUUCUGGCUCACUGGAACCGCUGUAUCACACCUUCGAAUCCACGAUCAACGCUUCUGGCAAGCGGUGUAAAUGCGGUACGAAGCUAAAAUGAUGCCGAUGUUCCUGACGGUGUACCUCAGUAACAAUGACCAGCAUUUUACGGAGGUACCCAUAACCCCUGAGACCUUCUGCCGUGAUGUGGUGGAGCUGUGCAAGGAGCCGGGAGAAGUCGACUGCUACCUGGCUGAAAUGUGGCGCGGAUCUGAGCGGGCCGUCGGCGAGGGCGAGCGGAUGCUGGACGUGCUGCAGCGCUGGGGUCAGCAGCGGGCGGAGGUGCGCUUCUUCCUGCGGCACGAGAGGGCGCCCAGCCGUGACUCAGGUGGAUCCAGAGGGCACGAUCACAUGGCCAAGAGGAACGGGAUGAAGGGGCCUGUCGAUAGACGGAUGGAAAACGGGGUGUCACAGCCACGAAUGGACAUGACCCUGGCGGAGCUGCAGGAGAUGGCGGCCAGGCAGCAGCAGCAGAUCGAUGCCCAGCAACAGCUGCUGGCCUCCAAGGAGCAGCGUCUGCGCUACCUGAAGCAGCAGGACCAGCGGCAGCAGCAGCAGGCGUCGGAGCAGGAGAGGCUGCAGCGUCUGAGGGAGAACGCGGAGAACCAGGAGGCCAGGCUGAAGAAAGUGCGCGCCCUCAAGGGCCAGGUGGAGCAGAAGCGGCUCAGCAACGGCAAGCUGGUGGAGGAGAUCGAGCAGAUGAGCAGCCUGUUUCAGCAGAAGCAGAGGGAGCUGGUGGUGGCUGUGUCCAAGGUGGAGGAGCUGGGCCGGCAGCUGGAGAUGCUGAAGAACGGCAAGAUGGACAGCCUCCAUGACAACCAGAGCUCCGCGGCCGAGCUGGACCGCCUCUACAAGGAGCUGCAGAUUAGGAACAGGCUGAACCAGGAGCAGAACACCAAGCUGCAGCAGCAGAGGGAGAGCCUGAACAAGCGUAACCUGGAGGUGGCGGCCAUGGACCGGCGGGUGAGCGAGCUCCGGGAGCGUCUGUGGAAGAAGAAGGCGGCGCUGCAGCAGAAGGAGAACCUGCCAAAUGGAUUCCCGGUUAAAGACAAGGCUUCAAAAGACGAUCAUCAUAAGCUGCCUGCAGAUGGACACCCUCCCCAGCAGACCGGCCCCUCCCGGGUGGCAGCAGUGGGUCCGUACAUCCAGUCGUCCACCAUGCCCCGCGGGCCUGUGAGUCAUGAGCUGCUAGUGAAGCCUGCCUACCCCGACGGCACCGCCACCCUGCCCAUCCAGGACGGCCCCCUCAAAGCCCAGGCCAGAAGCACCACCAGCAAACCUUCCGCAGGACCUGUGACCCAGGACCCGGCUGGAAUCGGCGUCCAGUCAGCUAAGGUGUCGGAGAGGGCAGGCUCCAUCCCUGAGUCCAACGGGGGCCAUGGCCUGCCUUCCGCCUCCACGCACACGGGCGCAAACGCCACGGUGGAGCAAGAUGACACAGAGGUCUUGAAGAGAGAUAAAGACAAAAGGGUCCGCCCCUUUUCCAUGUUUGAGCCAACGGAACCACCCAUUACCUCCCUGCGCAAGAACCAGAGCAGUGAAGACCUUCUGAGGGACGCCCAGAAUGCUGCCAAGGGGCCAGUCAAGGUGCCACCGCCAGUGCCCAGCAAACCCAAACAGGUCAACUUGCCACCUGGCAGUGCACCCAGCCAGCCUGCCUAUGGAAGGCCGGUUCUGAGCGCGGGGACGUUCCCUGGGAAGGCCAAAGCGGCCGGCCAGCACCAGCAGCCCGGGCAGCCAUCCUGGGGCCCUGCCGCCUCCUCCCAGAGCCACACCCUGCCCCUACCCUCCAAGCAGGAGGCCCCCCCGGCGGCCGCCGUGCGCCCCUUCACCCCUGAGCUGCCCGCUGCCAAAGAGCACGGCCCCCAGGGCUUCCAGAAGCCCCAGAUGGUGGCAGCCAGCUCCAUCUACUCCAUGUACACCCAGCAGCCUACGCCUGGGAAGAACUUCCAGCAGGUGGUUCAGGGAGCCCUGAACAGGGCCCAGACCCGGCCCAGCCCCUUCGUCAGUGUGUAUGGGAAGCCUGUUAUCCCUGGAGGGGUCCUGCAGCCUCAGAGUCCUCACCCAGAGAACCCCUACCUGGAGCGCCCCACGGGCUCUGAUUCAGAGGUGGACAACGGAGGCUCCGCCCCUUCGGGAGAGGCCCCCGAGACAGAGCGCACCCCCCGCCCCCUCAGCCCCACAAAGCUGCUGCCCUUCAUCUCGAACCCGUACCGUAACCAGAGCGACGUGGACCUGGAGGCCCUGCGUAAGAAGCUGUACAACGCGCCACGGCCGCUGAAGAAGCGCAGCUCCAUCACCGAGCCCGAGGGGCCCAGCGGACCCAACAUCCAGAAGCUGCUCUACCAGAAAACCACGCUGGCUGCCAUGGAGACCACUGUCUCCGCCCCUUUCUACCAGCCCCAGCCCGGCGGGGAGGAGGAGAAAGAGAAGGAGGGAGGAGGAGGAGGGGCCCCGCAGGAUACUGACACGGCCACCGCCCACAGCACGCCGCUCGAGGCCCCUCCCUCGCCAGAGACCCCGGUUUCCCCUGAGCCCCCCAUCCCUUCGCCCCUCCCCGAGAGUGACCUAGAUGAUUUUGUCCCACCUCCUCCACCUUCGCACCCCGCCCCCACCCCCGGAGACUCCUUCAGCCUCCCUCCGUCUCCGCCCGGUGAGGAGGAGGCGGAGCCCGCCCUACCACCUCCACCCGAGGGCUUCCUGGAGGAGUUCCCGCCCUACCCCCCGCCCCCGUACCCCAGCGGCGGGGAGCAGGAUAGCCUGGGAGAGGACACCUUCAGCAUGCAGCCCCCCGAGAUCACUGGAGAAGUCACCUUGCCACCAGGCAAGAGGACCAACCUACGCAAGGCGGGCUCGGAGCGCAUCGACCACAACAUGCGGGUCAAAUUCAACCCGCUGGCCCUGCUGCUGGACUCCUCCCUGGAGGGCGAGUUCGACCUGGUGCAGAGGAUCAUCUAUGAGGUGGAGGAUCCCAGCCAGCCGAACGACGAGGGCAUCACUGCCCUGCACAAUGCUGUAUGCGCCGGGCACACCGAGAUUGUCAAGUUUCUGGUGCAGUUCGGCGUCAACGUCAACGCUGCUGACAGCGACGGCUGGACCCCCCUGCACUGUGCAGCCUCCUGUAAUAAUGUCCAGGUAUGCAAGUUCCUGGUAGAGUCGGGGGCGGCGGUGUUCGCCAUGACCUACAGUGACAUGCAGACAGCGGCUGACAAGUGUGAGGAGAUGGAGGAGGGCUACACCCAGUGCUCCCAGUUUCUGUACGGUGUUCAGGAGAAGAUGGGCAUCAUGAACAGGGGUGUGGUCUACAGCCUGUGGGACUACGAGAAGGAAAACGAGGAUGAGCUGCAGUUCAAGGAGGGUGACUGCAUGACGAUAGUGCGGCGUGAGGACGAGGACGAGAUCGAGUGGUGGUGGGCGCGCAUGGGGGACACCGAGGGGUACGUCCCCCGAAACCUACUGGGGCUGUAUCCGAGAAUCAAGCCACGGCAGAGGAGUCUGGCUUGAAUGCUGUGGAUGAGUAUGGUUCCCAGUCCAGUACAUGGGUACGCUGCAUUACAGAUAAACAGAAGGACUGCGGCAGCUGAUCCACACUGACUUCGAAAGAACUGACGCCAGAAUGAAGAUUAAUAAAUCAAAACACAUGAAGGAUUUUUGACUUAAACAUGAACGCUCCUUUGUGGAUGAGUUUCUGGAGCGUGGACUCUGGAGCAGUAAGGAGAACACAGCAUCGAUCAAUCUGAAGAUUACUCCUCUAUUUUUACAGAAGGAAGGAAGGAUCGUUUAUAUGAACGCUGUCUCUGCAUCUCAUACUCGAGAAUUCUUUUGUACAGAAUGAAGCAAAAAUGGUCCUUGUACAAUGCUAUUCUACAGAGCUCUUUUCAUAGGGAAGAACCCUGAACAAACAGUAUUUUUGUGUAGAAGAUCAUUUUUCGCAAUUCUGAUUACAAGCACAAUCUUGUCUUAGGGGUUAUUAACUGGAACAGCUGGUCAGAUUGGGGGGGGAGGGUUGUAAUUUUCAAACAGGUAAGGCUUUUUAGCACGUUUGACAAUGGUAUGUAUGAGGGGUUUAUGACAAUGGUGACGGCCCUCAUCAUCAUCAUGGAUCAGACAUGUGAGUGUCUGCACCCAGUUUUUAAUGUGGACAGUUCCCUGGGAGCCCAUAGUAUGUGUCAGCGUUACUGUCACUCUUCUCAUUAAUGUGUUUUCCUUGUAUUCUCUUUAUUAUCUUUUUUUUAUAAUUGUUGAAUUGUUUUUCAUGGUGUAGGAAUAAUCAUGAGUUCAUGUGUAUGUGUGUGUAUAUCUGUACUCUUUUAGCUUGGCCUACCUUUUCACUUGGUUAAGUGGGGGACAUUAGGUAAUGUGUGUGCUGAUCAGAGACAGUUUUAAUGCGCUAACAUUUUGAGCUGUUCUCGGUGAUGUCCACUGUUACGAUGUUAGCGUGUGCACAGCAAGCUAGUAUUACCAGCAUUCACUUAAAAUGAACACAGCUUGGAUAUGUUUGUCACCAUAGAUGAGCAUAAGUGCACACAUUUUUUUAUCAUAUGUGGCCAGACAUUGUCACUGCUACAGC